AUGAGUCGUAUGAGCAUCUACAGCAUUCUCGCAGUGGUAUUCACGGCAGCAGGAAUGGCAGCACCAGAUCAGGUACAGCAGCAGCUUGCUGGGCUGAAGGCGGAAGCAGAGGCAGCGAAGCUGAAGGCACAGGCGGAGUGCCAGAAGGCGGUGCAGGAGAGGCAGACAGCCAUUGACGGACAGGUGCAACGAAACGAGCCAGAUCCAAUUGAGCUGGCAAACUGCGUUGCUGAAAAGAAGAAGAGACUCGUGAAGGUGGCUUCGAACGUGGAGCAGCUGAUUCGAACUGAGAUGAGCAAGCCAAUGCCUAAGACGUGCGUCCAGAAGCUGGACCAGAGAAGCAAGAACUGCUACACGAAGGCAGCCCUGGAUGACUGGCUUCGAAAUGCCAAGUACAACAUGAACGUGUUCUCGAACGUGGCUGAGAUCUCAAAUGCAGAUGGAAUUGUUCUACUGAUGCUGGUUUACGAGGAGCCACGAUACACCGUGAUACUGCCAGAGAAGUUGUGCAAGUCGUUCUUCAAGAGGCCAGGAUACUCCGUGAAGGUGAACAGUGCUGGAGACCUGGUCGCAGCAGAAGGAAAGCCAAACGAGAAGCCAAAGUCGAAGGCGCUGAAUUGCAGGCCAUGUUCUGACUUCAUGCAGACGACAGAAGGAAAGUACGCUGACUGUGACAACACGUGUGACCCAAUGUACAGUUUGCUGUCGACGAGAGACUCGUUCUCGACCAAGAACCUCAAUGAGAAGGCUAAGAAGCCUGUUGCAGCCCCAGCUGCCUAA